CCCACUCCUCGGAGAAUCCUAUCCCCUUUUUAGUCGAGUCAUGCUUGCGUUCUUGAUUCUUCGUCGUUGUACAUCGGUAAGAAACCAGUUUCUGUUCGUGCUUGUACGAUCGACGCGCAACGGCAUCGCGUCAAUCAUCCGAUCACGAAUGUGCGCGCGCGCGCACGCGCGCUCUCUCGUUCGCAUUUCGACCUCGACUGAAAACUACGUGAAAUUAAGCGAGAGAACUUCCUCGAAAUAUCGUCGUUGUGUACAAACUAGAGAUAAGACUCAUUCACACUAUCUCCUAGCGAACGGUUUGUUGUUCGGACGAAACGAAAGAGAGAGGGAGAAAAAGAGAAAUAAAUAAAUAAAGUAAUAAUGAUGCUCAGCAAGUUGAGCACGAGACUGCGAUACGCUGAAAGAAAACUCCUUUUGAGCAAUGGUGAGUUUUUCGCUGGCCCAAAAAGUCAUGCAAGAGGGACGCAUUUUAAGUAUUUCCCGUGUGAAAAACAGAUCGUCACCGGUGAGACUCAAAAGCUGAAUAUGUAUCAAGCUAUAAAUCAUGCGCUUAACAUUGCAUUGGAAAACAAUCCACGUUCAGUUGUGUUUGGCGAGGAUGUGGCUUUCGGAGGUGUCUUUCGUUGCACGAUGGACUUGAAGAACCGUUUCGGUGCCGAUCGUGUCUUCAACACGCCUCUCUGCGAGCAAGGAAUCGCCGGUUUUGGGAUCGGUUUAGCUAACGCGGGAAUAUCAGCGAUUGCCGAAAUACAAUUUGCCGAUUACAUAUUUCCCGCUUUUGAUCAGUUGGUAAACGAAGCGGCAAAAAUAAGGUAUCGAAGCGGCAAUAUGUUUGACUGCGGCAUGCUUACGAUUCGUGCACCUUGCGGAGCCGUCGGCCAUGGUGGUCUUUAUCACUCUCAAAGCCCGGAAGCCUACUUUGCACACACUCCCGGUUUGAAGAUCGUCGUCCCUCGCGGAGCGGUGCACGCAAAGGGUCUAUUGUUGAGCUGCAUCGACGAGCCGGAUCCCUGUAUCAUAUUCGAGCCUAAAACUCUGUAUCGCAUAGCGGUCGAUGAAGUACCCGUUGCACAUUACAAGAUUGCAAUCGGCAAGGCUGAAAUUGUAAGAAGCGGUGAUGCUGUGACACUCGUUGGUUGGGGCACUCAGGUGCACGUAUUGCUGGAAGUGGCCGACCUAGUCCAGGAGAAACUCAGUGUAUCCUGCGAAGUGAUAGACCUCGUCUCCAUUCUACCUUGGGACGCGGAACUUGUAUGCAAGUCGGUGAAGAAAACCGGACGCGUUAUAGUCGCCCACGAAGCGCCGAUGACGAAUGGAUUCGGGGCAGAAGUAGCUGCGACGAUUCAGACGGAGUGCUUCCUCCAUCUGGAGGCGCCGAUUCAAAGGGUCACAGGAUGGGACUGUCCUUUCCCACAUAUCUUCGAACCGUUCUACCUACCAGACAAGUGGCGUUGUUUCGCGGCUGUUCGAGACAGCCUUAAGUACUGAGGUUGAGACAAAGGGUGGCCAUGACAGUUGCAGUGGAAAAAUUAAAAAGAAAUUGUGAGCCUGUUGCUCGCAGAAUGUCCUUAAAUUACGCUGAAAACAUUUUUAUUAUCAAUAAAACAUUUUUUUAAACACAA